CAGGAUACAUAGAAACGGGCCACCCUCGACAUUUCAUCGUGAACCUGGUCGCGCAAACACUCUGUACGAGUCCGACUAAAAACAAAAAAAAAAAAAGAAAAGAAAAGAAAAAAAAAAAAGAGAGAGACCCUGGCGGCCGGUUUGUUUUCCGGACUCGGCGCGUCGAUUGCGCGGGUGUGGCCGGUUGGCCGAUCGAGGUCAUUGUUCUCGACCAUGGCCUCCUCCGCUGCGACGCCAGCGGCUGCGGCUGCGGCUGCGGUCAAGAAACCGAAGCUCCAUGGCCGCGCCUUCUACGAGAGCAUCGGCUCGCCCAAAUACAUCGUCGCUCCGAUGGUGGACCAGUCCGAGUUUGCCUGGCGCAUGCUCUCGCGGUCAUUCCUCCCGGAGUCGGAGAGGUCGAGCCUACUAGCGUACUCGCCCAUGUUUCACGCUCGCCUCUUUACCGAGAGCCAAAAGUACCGCGACCAGCACUUCCAGCCGACCAAGCCCGACUCGAACGAGCUCUUCCUCGACGGCAACCCCGCCAUCGACCGUCCCUUCUUCGUUCAGUUCUGCGCCAACGACCCGCAGGCGCUCCUCAGCGCCGCGAAGUUGGUCGCUCCGUACUGUGACGCGGUCGACCUCAACCUUGGCUGCCCUCAGAACAUCGCCAAGAAGGGCCGGUACGGCUCGUUCCUGCAGGAGGACCAGGAGCUGAUACACCAGCUGAUCAAGACUCUCCACGAGAACCUCGAGAUCCCCGUGACGGCCAAGAUCCGUAUUCUCGAAACAAAGGAGGCGACCCUCAAAUAUGCCCAGAACGUGCUCAGCGCGGGCGCCAGCAUCCUCACGGUACACGGCCGGCUGCGUGAGCAAAAGGGCCAUCUCACCGGCCUGGCCGACUGGGAAAUGAUCCGCUACCUUCGCGACAACCUGCCCCCGGAAACGGUCCUCUUUGCCAACGGAAACAUACUCCAGCACGAAGAUCUCGAGAAGUGCCUCGCGGCGACCGGAGCGGACGGCGUCAUGAGCGCCGAGGGGAACCUCAGCAACCCAGGUAUCUUCGCGCCCCCGCCGCCGGUCGGUCAAGAACCCCGCGGCUAUUGGCGCGGGAAGGACGGCAAGGGCGGGUGGCGCGUCGACGAGGUCUUCCGCCGUUACCUCGACAUCAUUCACCAAUAUGUUCUGAGGAAGCCGCCACCGCCGAGGAGGCCGCUCUUCGUGCCCGGCGACGACACGGCCUGGAUGGACGAGGAGAUCGUCCUGCCGUGCGUCGACGGACCCGAAGCGAGACCCAAGAAGCGCCGGAGCGAGGUCGGCAAGGAAAACCCGGCCCUCCUGGCCGCCAACUUCAUCGGCAUGCAGCCGCACCUCUUCCACCUGUUGCGGCACCUUGUCUCGCGCCAUCACGACGUGCGGGACGCGCUCGCCAAGACGCGGCUCGGAGAGAUGGACAUGUACGAGGCCAUCUACAAGAUGGUGGAGAAGAAGGUUGCCGAGGGCCUGCUCGAAUACGAGAGGACCGGCGGCAAGAGUGUCGAAGAGGACACGCCCCCGCCGUUAGGAGAGGGGGAGGAGGAAGACGAUCCGGACAGCUCGGCUCGCGCGGUGCGCGAGUGCAAGCGUCCUUGGUGGGUUGUCCAGCCCAUCGUCCGGCCGCUGCCCAAAGAGGCCUUGGCCAGGGGGGCAGUACAGAUGAGCAAAAAGGAAAGAAAGAGGAUGGCCGCGGAGCUGGAGGAGAAGGAAGAAGCGGACGCGAAACGGAGGAAGGAGGCAGUGGGGAUGAGCCUGCUGCCCAGGCGGUGACGGUGACGGCGACGGCGACGGCGACGGCAGUGACGUCGCUGGAGAAGCAAACAAGCUAUCCGUCUAGUCAGCUGGUUAGCGGAUAAAAGAAGGUCGAAACGGAAACGAAAAACAAAAA